UGAGUUGCCUAGCUGCAGCAAAAAUGAACGCUCUUCGCCGGCUGGGGGCUCAAGCCAUGCGGCUGCAAUCGCAGCAGCUGCCUCAGCAGCAACUGCAGCUCCGCAAGGGCCUAGCUGACUAUGCUAAGCCCAAAGUGGACACUAGCUUGGACCAUGUUUUCGGUGACAACAGCAACAAGCUCGCUUACAACUUCGAGCCCAUGCCCAUGGGGUCGCUGUUCGUGCGCACCCUCAUUAUGACCGGCGUGUUCUUCUUCCCCGUCUGGAUUAUGCUUAACGACGAGUACAAGUACACCAGCUUCAUGGAGAAGGUUGCCGAGGCAAAGGCGGCGAAGCAGGCAUAAGCAUGUGCCUUGGUGCUAGCUAGCAUCCUAGGCGCAAUCAAUUGGAAGCCGGGAGCCUCUGGCGCAGUCGGCGCGCUUUGGAGUUUACGGCUGGCGUCAGUCGCCACCACCGCCAGAGGACUCGCUGGAUAUGAGGACUCCGGUGACACGGCCCUGCUUUUCCAGCGUGUAUAGCGCAGCCAUGGAUGCCUCCACCAUCCGCCCUGGGGGGCGUGCAGCAUAUGACGGAGUGGGGAGGGGAAUUCAGCUUCGGGUAUCCAUGCCGCUGCGAGGUAGCUUGAUGCGCGGGAGCAAGUGUUUAAGCUUGUCGAGUGCGAACUACCCUCUUAGCUACCAUGGGAAUGGACGGGUCACUAGGGGAACACGCCGCCUUAUCCUAGUUCGGGCUGCCUUUCAAGGGCCGUUACGGCAGAGGCUGUUACGGAGGGGUUUUGUGGUGUAGUAAGCAGUGUCUUCAACUGCCGUACAGCAUUCGUGUCAAUGUGGGAGGGCCCUAGGGUCCUGAGUGGCCCUGCGCUUGCCUCGGACCCAACCUAACAAGGGCUACCGCACCCCACAGCGCCUUUGUAACCAACCAUUGUGCGGAUGCC